CACUGCAUCAGAUUCCUCUUGCUUGGCUUACAGGCAGCUUCCCCUGCGGGGCUCAGCUGCCCUAACCAAGGACAUAAAAGUUCAGCUGCUGGAGAUUCUCACUCCUCCUCACCCCAGCCCCGCCCGCCCCCUCUCCGUCUCCGAGCGCGCCAUGGGCGGGGACCCCGGGCUCACCGCUGGGAGGUCAGAGGCCGAGGGGGCGGAGCCGGUCGCCAUGCUGACGCUCGGCGCGCUGCGGGCCACCGUCCUGGUCUACGCGGUGGGCGCCGCCGUGCUGUUGGCGCAGUUGCUGCGCCGCCUGCGCGGGGGCUUCCAGGAGCCGGCGCUGCCCGCACAGCCCGACCGCGUGGCCAUCGUGACGGGCGGGACCGACGGCAUCGGGCUGGCCACGGCGCGGCGGCUGGCCUGGCUGGGCAUGUGCGUGGUCAUAGCCGGGAACAACGCGGCGAAGGCGAACGACGUCGUCUCCCGGAUCCGCGAGGAGACGAAGAACGAGAAGGUGCACUUCCUGUUCUGCGACCUGGCCUCCCUCCGCUCCGUCCGGAAGUUCGCCCGCGACUUCCUGUCGCGCGGCCUCCCGCUGCACGUGCUGGUCAACAACGCCGGCGUCAUGAUGGUGCCCCCCGGCCGCACCGAGGACGGCUUUGAGCACCACUUCGGCGUCAACUUCCUGGGCCACUUCCUGCUGACGCACCUGCUGCUGGGCGCGCUGACGUCAGCGGGGUCGCCGGGUCAGAGGUCCAGGGUGGUCACCGUGGCGUCGGCCACGCACUACGUGGGGGAGCUGGACCCGGCGGACCCGCAGGACUGGAAGUCGCCCUACUCGGCGCACGCGGCCUACGCGCGGAGCAAGCUGGCGCUUGUCCUGUUCUCGCAGCGGCUGCAGCGGCUGCUGGCGGCGCGCGGCGACCCCGUGACCGCCAACCUGGUCGACCCGGGAGUCGUGGACACGGCGCUCUUCCGCCACGUGUGGUGGGGCACACGGGCCGUGCAGCGGGUGCUCGGCUGGCUGCUCUUCAAGACCCCCGACGAGGGCGCCUGGACUUCCGUCUACGCCGCCGCCGCCCCGGAGCUGGAAGGGGUUGGCGGCCGCUACCUCUACAACGAGGCCGAGACUGAGCCGCUGGGCCUUGCGCGGGAUGUGGAGCUGCAGGCCCGGUUGUGGGCGGAGAGCUGCCGGCUGGCGGGGAUCCCCGACGGGACGGGCUUCGGCGUGGAGUAGGCCCGCGCCCGCGAUGGCACCACGGACUCUGCACCAAGCACCUACAUGGACCUGAUGCUGUGAUGCUGUGGGCGUGUGACAUCAUUGCCCACUGCCGCCUCUCCCCCCAGGCUCCCAUGUGGCCCCCCAACCAGGCAGUGGGGCACCAUAAAGGACUCUGCACCAAGGGAAAAAAAAUAAUAAUUCAGCUGCCAAUUGAUUUCCUUCACAGACAUGCAAUAAAUCUCUUACUCAACCCUUGCUCUAACA